AUGGAAGCUUCAAGUAAAAAUACACUUAAAUUUCUUGAUCCUGAUCUCUUUUGUGGCACUCCUGGUGAAGAAUUUGAGCAGCAUUAUGUGUGCCUAUUCUGUUAUGGGGUUGUAUUACAGCCGGUAGAAUGCAGGGAAUGCCAGAGUUUAUACUGCAAGGAUUGCCUGGCAAGCCCUGACGUAAAAUGCCCUAAAAUGUGUGGUGGGAACGAGUACUCUAAGAUCAAUAGAAUUGUCAUGAACACACUUAACAAAAUGAACUUCAAAUGCCAGAAUAAUCCUAAGUGUGAGGACAAAAUUACUUAUGAGAACUAUUAUAAACAUUAUUCAGAGUGUGAGAAGGGGCAAUGCGAUAAUGAAGAUUGUAAGACUAAAUUCAAAGUCCUAAGUGGUGAACUACACUAGUUGAAAGAGCAGCUUAAAGAUAUGGAGCUACAAAAAGAUAAGCAGGCAUAAGUAUUGAGAAAUUAGAUUUCAGAACUUAAAGAACAAUUCAAAGCUUAAAAAAUUGACCCUAAAUAGAUAUUCUCAGCUGACGAGAAGAUGGCAAAGCAUAAUGCAGACUUGUAGGAGCAAAUUAAGAUCUUAUAAUUUAAACUUUCACAAUAAAAUCCAGGUGGUUCAGGCUUUUUAGAAAAAAUGAAUUCUGUUCUGUGUAAAAAUAAUCAUCCAAUGAGAUAAAAGAGUGCACACCCAAAUUCUACCUUUUUGCAUUGCGACAUUUGUCUUAAGUCAAAUCUUUUGCUCUAUCCAUUCUUCUUUAGAUGCGAUUACAACUGUGACCACGACUAUUGUGCCUAUUGUUUCUUCUUAAAAUUAACUGAUCAGCAUGCCUUAAUUCAAACUAUACAAUAGCAUGCUAAGAAUGCAUAGUCACAAUAAUAGCAAUAGCAAUAACCUCAAUAACCAUAAUAUAUGGGAAUUCCAUAGAUGGCUUAAUAGGCCUAUCAAAAUAUAGGCUAACAUUUAAAUCAAGGAUUUUCUAAUGUUAUGGGAGGAUACCCAAGAAAACCUGGAUAUAAAUGA